UUUUUCUAAGGCAAAUCUCUGAUCGGGACACAGGCAAUAAUUUAAAAGGAGCGAAGAUCCUAACAUCAGUCAAUGCUGGACUGAGGAUAGUGUGGUGGGGGAUUUGAUGGGCCAGCCUGAGCCAUGGCUCAUGGGAAGAAGCCAGAGAAGAUCACCAGAAUCCUGGGGCCCAGCACUCCGUCCUGCCCUGGCCAUGCUGGAUUCAUAGAGAAGAAGCCAGGGACUAUUAGGAKAAUAUUGGCCACCAGUCCUCCACCYUGCCCUGGUCCCACAGGAUCCACAGAAGAGUCUAAUGAAGGACCUCAUAAUGAAGGACCUCAGAAAGAAAGACCACAGAGUUUGAGGAGUAAGGGCCCUCCGCUCUGCCCUGGCCCCUUAUCCACAGGGGAGCCUACUGAUGAAGGACCCCAGAGUCUGAGCAGCAAAGGCCCAACUGAAGGACCUCAUAAUGGGCCUCGGAGUCUGAAGAGUGAGGACCCUCCUCAGCACUCUCAGAGCACCAGCAUUGAGGAGCUGGACAAUAACAAUGACGAGAGGACCCCUGGGCCUGCAGCACCUGCCCCUGACCCUGCUAGUGCAACACAGGCCCAUCCAAACCAAGCCUACAGCCACCUGACUCAGGCCCRGAACUACCCUCGGCARCCAGAURCCCAGGCCCAGGCCCAGGCCCAGSCCCGACAGCCMCAGCAGCAUUGCAGAGAGAGUCCAACCAGCCCCAGCACCAGGCCCACCUCUGACUCCCCAUCCAGUCAGGAGAGACAUCCCAGGGCUGUUAAACCACCACCUGUCCUUACCAGUGCCUGUCCUAACCAGCCGUGUCUGAUUAGUCCCUCCAGUUCACCUCUUCCUGUCCCUGCUACAGCUAGUGUCUCCUCUGAGCUCUCGCUGAACCAGCCCGGUGACACCACCCUCCCUGACAGCACGGAUGAGGMGGAGGAAGAGGARGAGGAGGACAGCUGCUCAGAGUAUGACAACGUGGGUUCGGACGUGGAGGGUGUGGAGCAAGACAUUGAUCAGGUACUACAGGUGGAAGACCAGGGUAUGAAGGUGCGGUACUACAAACACUAUCCUGAGCCUCAGGAUGGAAGUUAUCUGGAGAGUGAGGAUGGAACCGAGGUGGAACACCAAGACAGAACCGACGUGGAACACCAAGACAGAACCUACGUGGAACACCAAGACAGAACCUACGUUGGAAUGUGA